UUCUUUUGCAACGCAGAUCCACAAAUGCUGAGCAGUUUCCAGCAUUUUGGUUCUAAGAUCGACCUUCCGAGCACCUCACUGCCUGCCAAAUUGCCAGGGCUAUUAGAGUAUGAUUAGAUUGCUUGGCUCUGAGCAUUAGAUAAUCCUACACAGCUGGGCUUGCUCUGGACCUGGGAUGGCUCUGGACAUCAGCUGCUUCUUUUUAGUGGCCCUCUUCUCAGCCAGUUGCCAAGCCAUCACAUCCUCAGAUCAGAGGUGCAUUGAGUCAGACAAACCCUUCCAUCUGUAGGACUACCCCAAGAGAGUAAAUCUGAGAACCAAGGCAACUCAAACCUUCUGUUUUAAACUGUAACAAUAUUUAUCAAUGCAUGGGAAGCCGUGAAGAGAAUGGAGAGAGAGAACGUCCUUGAUCUUUUGCCAUCUUAAAAUGACUCAACCUCCCUACUGCUGUCCUUGGCUCUGGCAAGUGGCCAGUCCACAUGAACCUGCUUAACAAAUGGUGAAGACAGAAAAGACUAUGAACCUUGGUGGCUUGAAAGAAGCCAACAAAACAUACAACUGUGAAAAUUUAGGUCUCAGUGAAAUUCCUGGCACUCUACCAAACUCAACAGAAUGCUUGGACUUCAGCUUUAACGUCUUGCCUACCAUUCAAAAUACGACCUUCAGCAGACUCAUAAAUCUCACCUUUCUGGAUUUAACCAGGUGCCAGAUUUACUGGAUACAUGAAGAUACUUUCCAAAGCCAACAUCGGUUAGACACACUUGUGCUAACUGCGAAUCCCCUGAUUUUUAUGGCAGAGACAGCACUUAGUGGGCCUAAGGCACUGAAGCAUCUGUUCUUCAUCCAAACAGGAAUAUCCAGUAUUGAUUUCAUCCCAAUGCACAAUCAAAAAACCUUGGAAAGUCUCUAUCUUGGAAGCAACCACAUUUCUACCAUUAAGCUCCCCAAAGACUUCCAGACAGAGAAGCUGAAGGUCCUGGAUUUUCAGAAUAAUGCUAUCCAUUACCUAUCUAAAGAAGAUAUAAGCUCUCUAAAGAAAGCCACUAAUCUGAGCCUUAACUUAAAUGGAAACAAUAUAACAGGAAUAGAGGCAGGGGCUUUCCAGUCAACUGUCUUCCAAAGUUUGAACUUUGGAGGAACUCAAAGCUUGCUAGUUAUCUUCAAGGGUUUGAAGAACUCUACUAUCCAGUCUCUCUGGCUGGGGACAUUUGAGGACAUUGAUGACGAAGAUAUUAGUUCCUCCAUGUUUGAGGGUCUCUGCGAAAUGUCUGUUGAGAGCAUCAACCUACAAAAGCAUUACUUCUUCAACAUUUCCUCCAACACGUUCCACUGCUUUAGUGGCCUCCAGGAACUGGACCUAACAGCCACUCACCUGAGAGAAUUGCCAUCUGGGAUUGUGGGACUAAGCAAACUUAAGAAAUUAGUUCUCAGUGCAAAUAAGUUUGAGAAUUUGUGCCAAAUCAGUGCUUCCAAUUUCCCAUCCCUUACUCACCUUUACAUCAAAGGCAACAUGAAGAGACUUGAGCUUGGUACUGGCUGUUUAGAAAACCUAGAAAAUCUUCGUGAACUUGACCUAAGCCAUGAUGACAUUGAAGCUUCUGAUUGUUGCAAGCUGCAGCUCAGAAACCUGUCUCAUUUACAGAGCCUGAACUUGAGCUACAACGAACCCAUGGGCCUCAAGACUGAGGCAUUCAAAGAAUGUCCUCAGCUAGAACUGCUAGAUUUGGCAUUUACCCGACUGCAGGUUAAAGAUGCACAAAGUCCUUUCCAGAGCCUCCAUCUUUUGAAGGUGCUAAAUCUCUCCCACUGCCUCCUUGACAUCAGCAAUCAGCAUCUCCUUGAUGGCCUGCCGGCACUCCAGCAUUUGAACUUACAGGGAAAUCACUUUCCAAAUGGGAAUAUCCAAAAGACCAACCCACUUCAGACACUAGGAAGCCUAGAAAUCCUGAUUUUAUCCUUUUGUGAUCUCUCCUCCAUUGACCAGCGAGCCUUCACCAGUCUGAAGAUAAUGAAUCAUGUAGACCUGAGUCACAACAGGCUGACGUCCAGUAGCAUUGAGGCUCUCAGCCAUCUUAAGGGGAUCUACCUCAAUCUAGCCUCCAAUCACAUCAGCAUCAUCCCGCCCAGUCUCCUCCCCAUCUUGUCCCAGCAGAGGACCAUUAAUUUAAGACAAAAUCCCCUUGACUGCACUUGCUCAAACAUUUACUUUUUAGAAUGGUACAAAGAAAACUUGCAAAAACUUGAGGACACAGAGGACACUCUUUGCGCAAAUCCUCCUCUGCUGAGGGGCGUCAGGCUAUCCGAUGUCAUGCUGUCCUGUAGUAUGGCAGCUGUGGGCAUUUUCUUUCUCAUUGUAUUCUUACUCGUGUCUGCUGUUUUGAUGAUUUUUGCAGUGAAAUAUUUUCUCAGGUGGAAAUACCAGCACAUUUAGCUCAAGGUUUCCAGGGAAGGCAGAUAAAUGUGUUUAGCAAGAAAUAUCCCAAGUGAAGAAACUAUCACUCUUGAGUGACCAGACUUUUCUAUUGGUUCCUAGGGCUGGGUUGGGGGGGUUCACUAAGCUUUUCUGAACAUGUCUUACUCAUAUGAGUCUUUUAUGGUGCUGUGGUUGAAGGACCAGACAUGGCUGUGAGACACAGAGGCAGUUAGUUCCUCCAGUGAAAAGUGACCUACUGUCAGCUCUACCCAUCUGAGAAAGAAGAGCAUUAACCACAGGCAUCAUCAUCCCCCACCCCUACCCCUCUCACCCGCCCACCCCAGCCCCCACCCCAGCCCCCACCCUGGCCUCCACCCCCCAGCCCAGCCUCCACUCAACUUGGCUAUUCUGGGGCCCACUCUGACCCUCCACUCUCUUUCUCUCACACUUCAGACAUUUUGCUUGAGGGUAAGCUCUUUGUCAUUGAGCCAUUUUGGGAAAGUCAGGUCCCAGCAAAAUCUAAUGCCCAUUUUAAAUGACAAAAGAUAUAAAAACAAAACCAAAAAAAAAGAAAACCCAACAACAAUGAAUUUAAAAUAAAAGACAAAGUAAUAAAUUCAGCUCUCAACUAGAGUCUGUUAGUCACCUCAAUUGUUUGCUUUCUAAGGUUUUGAGAGGCUUCUAUGGUACUCCAACAGAACAAAACUUGUAAAACCUGGUCCCACCCAUCAUUAAAAGCUAAGAUUUCAGCAAUUUCCACAACAAGGGGUCUCCUCUUCCAUGAUCUGGUAUUCUGGCUCUUUGGUUGCAGACUUAGAGGUGAGCUAAGGUCAAACUGUUCUUUUUAUUAUCCAGGUUUCUGGUACUUGGACCUCUCUCCCACAAGAACAGGGAGAAUUGUGUCUGGUUCCCAGGCUGGCCUUCUUUGGAAGCCUGUUAAUCCCUUUGGAGAAUAUUGAACACCUUCACAAUGAAACCUUGUGGAUUUAUGUAUCACUGCACACUAACUGUGGGGAAUACGAUAAGGCCAGUUUACUGAGAAGAGUUUCUGUUCAGUCCAGGAGUAUUCCCAAGGGUGUAGCAAUGACAGACAACAUGAGGCUAUUGAAAGCAGAAAGAUGGACAGAACAAGAUAGUUCCCAAGUCUUAGAAUCCUUCUGGUACAGGCUGGAUUGUCUAAAGUCUGAAUUGCUAGUUGAAACUCAGUUGUAAUAUUUAUAGAUAUUAUUCUCUUAAUCUGGGGAUUUAAGCACCAAUAGAUUGGUAAUAUUUGAAAAAGAUAGCACAAAUACUAGAUAUAUGUAUACUUUUUUAUUUCAUGAUUUCCCAGACAACAUCACUAUUUACACAGAAUAUACUGUGUUAAUGAUCUAAACACAAAAAGUAUGUGGAAAGAUUGUGUGGGUGUAUGAAAAUACUAUCCUACUCAUUUUUGCAUAAUGGACUUGAAUAUUUGAGGAUUAUGGUAUCUGUGGGGACUCCUGGCCCCAAUUUCUCCACAAAAACCAAAGGGCAGCUAUCUAAAGCCUUCAAUAAAUUUCAUAACCAAUUUUAGGUUAGACACUUUAACCAGUUCUAAAAUGCAGGUCAAAUGUCAAGGAAUGAUUGACCAAUGGUAAUAUCCAGUCAGAAAGAUAAGAGUAGCCGGAUCUUCUCUUCACCCCUGGGAGAGCUGCUUAGGCAGGUAGACGUUGGGAUGAGCCUCUUCGCUACUUAGAGAUUUCAGCCUUUCUCACUUGGUCAUUCCUGCCUCUAGAAGCUCCUUCAGUCAGUCCUCACGUUCCUGAGAUUUGCCGGCAUGGUUUCCUCUUCCCAGAGUGGCUUUUCUCUAUAGAGGCAACCCUGACCCAAUGGUGAAUGGCGCCAGAUCCAGUGAACUCUCCAAGGUCUUUAUUGUUCCUACAGAUCUCCAAUGGCCAGAAUCACAACUGGGACUUUAUAAGGGUUCAGUGUGUGUGUGCUCAUGUUCACGCGUGAAUGUUCAAGUGAAGGCCAGAUGGCAAUGUCAUGCGAGGGCUUCACUAUCCAACCGGAGACAGGAUCCCUCACUGAAUGAGGCAUGCACCCAAACCCCAGGGAUCUAUCCAUCUCCAUGCUCCACCCCUGCCUCCAGCUCUGGGGUUACAAAUGCACACUGAUCUGCCAGUCUUUAUAUGGGUGCUAGGGAGCUGGACUCAGUCUGCAGGCUUGUGUAGAAAGCCCGUUCCUUGAGCCCCCACACAACCCUCAUGUUUUAUAGCUUGAACAGCUGCUGAGAUUUUGCAAGCCUCUGGUUCCUAAGCCCUUCUCAGUGCUUACUGCUAUCACCAGCCGGUCGUCACUUACCCUUGCUUCCUUUACUGCACCUCCCACACAUAUCUCUCACCAGCGAUCCCCAGAGCAACCUGUUAAUAAUGGGUAAGCCUCCAGUACUUAGGAUAUUGUUAAGAUGAGAUUAAUUGCAGAGCCCUAGCCAAUGACCGAUCUCUGUAAUAGCCCACCAUCCUCUUCGUGUUUUCCCUCCUCCCUCCCCCAUCUCAGAUUGUAGAUGGAUCCCACAUUCAAAAUGCUGUCUUAGAAAACACCAACCCAUUGGGUUCUUUCUCUGUUCUGUCAGAUGUCAGCUGAUUCCUGCCUUAAGGAUAUACGGUAAAGAUGGAAGAUACUAGUUGUGAAUCUACCACUCUCUGAGAUAAUUCGAAAGAAAAUGACCCGCAUAGGCUCAAAGAGAGUGGCACUACUAGGAGGUGAGGCCUUGCAGGAGUAGGUGAGGCCUUGCGGGAGUAUGUGUGGCUUUGUUGGAGGAAGUCUCAGAAACAGCUCACUUCCUUUGGCCUGCUGAUCCAGAUGUAGAAAUAUCAGCUCGUCCUCCAGCAUCACAUCUACCUUCACACUAUGUUUUCUGCCAUGAUAAUAAUGAACUGAACCUCUGAAUCUGUAAGCCAUCCCCAGUUAAAUGUUUUCCUUUGUAAAAGUUGCUGUGGUCAUGGUGUCUCUUCACAGCAAUAGAAGAGACACUAUAACCAUACCGUUUCGCUUAAUACUAAUUUAUAACUUGGAAAACCCAAAGUAUUCUGUAGAAAAUCUCUGCUCCAGAUGCAUUACACUAAAGACCUCAAGGUCCAAGCCUUGGCAAGCCCUAGCUGCCCAUUUGCUUUCACGUGUGAGGCCUGCUAAACUUCGUGCCCUGUGUGUUGCCGUACCUGAGCACACUGAUCUAAGGCCCAUUGGCAGCUCCUCUGUAUUAAGCAACAGUAAAUUCACCCCACAGAGCCAGGAAGGGAGCUUUUUGAUGGCUGCUGUCAAUUUUAUUGCUUUAUCUGGUUACUAGGAUAGGAUCUGGAGAUGUCGGGUGUUUAUUGGUUUUAUGGAUUGCAUGUUGUUGCUGCUCUGACAAGCUAUGCCUAUAAAAAUGUGUUAUUAUUGCAUGAUGUAGCCCAGUGAGCUGACCCUGCAUUCCAAAGUGUACUGAAGCAAAUAACACUGAGGUCCAUAAAAGCUGACUGGCCUCCAUCACAAAGGACUCUCUGCGUGAGCUGCAGCUCCUAUAAUCCAGGAAAGAAUUAUACCCUUUCCCGUAGCAGCAGCCAUUGCUUCUAAACCGAGCACAGCACACUCUCAAACACAGGCAUUAUCUGAAACAUUCUGAGACAGGAUGCUUUAUAUUGCUCUGAUUUGUCCAACUCUCUGAGAAGACGAAAGUGCAAUUUUGAAGUUUACAAACGUGUGAAAUAACUGGCUUGCUGGUAUAGUCUUAGUAGGGCCUGCGAGUGGAGUUACCAGCAGGGUUUUCCUUCUGCUCUGGUGCAGAAGCGGCACUUGAAUUACAGCAAUAGAAGGGGUUAUCUCAAAGCUGGACAUGUUAAGAGUGUAACUGUCUAGCGCAGAGGGAGUUAGCCUGUGGCACAGAGCAACCAGCCCACGACAGCUCCCAAGCCUAGUUGAACACCAGAGCCACCUGGAGAAUUCCUGACAAAACAGAAGUCUUCAACCUACCUCUGAAUAUUGGCCCCCACUCCCCACCAAAUAAUUUUACAUAAAAUCAUUUCUAAUCUUAAUUUAAGCAACCAACACCAAAAGCAUGUUACACUCCAUGAUUCAGAUAAGCUAGAGACUUCAUACCCCAGGGGAGGAAACUUCUUUCCAAAAAUUGGACAGAUGUGAUUGGCACUUCCAAGGUGCAACAACCUGCCAGGCAACUUGACUGUCUCUUUGCCCUCACUGCUGGGCUGUGAGACACUGCCCCUGAGGCCAUACUGUCUCUCCCAUUUUUGCUACCCAAUCCUGCCACUUGCUAGCAGCUUAAAAGUGAAAGGUUGAAUUGAAUAGUAUAAGACUUGGGAAGAAUCUAUGGGUUAUGCUUAACGUCUAUUGUUGCUCACAAAAGAUUAAGCAGGGAGGCUCAUUGGAGAUCUUCUGCCCUUUCUAUUUAAUGUUCUCUGAGCACCUGGCUGUCUAAGAUGUGGGUCCAAGUCUGGCAGAGGAAAGCAGAGGGUGAAGCAGCCCUCAGAGCAUCCACAAAUUCAUUUCUUUGUCUUCCUUUCAUUUGGCCCAUAGUCCAUCUUCAUGCCAUCCUCUACCCCUUCCUCCAUGUCUCUGUUGUUGAUAGGGUCUCUUACUAUUUCUUCAAGACUGACCUCAAACUAUUAUCCUCCUGCCCACAUCCUGAUUUCAGAAAUAUAAUGUACGUUAGCACAUCCAGUUUGGUCCAUGAGCUCUCUAAAUAGCUUGGGUCUCCCUUUAUCAUCUCUUAGAAACAACCUAAAUGAAUAAUCUAACUAUAGUGAUAGAUAAGGGAUGAGGUAAACUAGGAGAUGUUCUGAAUAAAUGGGGAGAUCCUCCAUGUUCUUAGAAGGAAGAACUUAAUUCUAUAAGAAUGUGCCAAUUCAGAUAGAAAUCAGAGGAAUACAUGUCAAAAUGAGAUAAACAUUAAUGUCAGACUGGGGCUGGAGAACAGUUUUGAGUGUUAAGAGUCCUUGCUGUUCUAUCAUGAGGACUGGAGUCUGGAUCCCAACACCUACAUCAGGUGGCUCACAAGUGCCUGUAACUCCCGCUCCCAGGGAUCUGAUGUAUGCUUGGCCAUGUGCAGGCACUUGCCCACAAAGGUCCACACAUACUCACACAGAUGCACACAUAAAAGGCAGGAGCAGCAAGGGGAUUGGGUGUGGGCUUAUAGGCACUAUAUGCUUUACUUGUAGGGUUAUCAGUAGAUUGGUUCAGUCCUACAACUAUAUGACAAUAACCAGUCAAAUUAAAUUACAUAGCCUGAAACUUCUUCUCUGGGGUUAUAUACCAAGAAAGCUUUAUAUAUCUGCAAAGACUUCCCUCCCAGCAUUAGUUAUGGAGGGAGAGAUUCACAGCAAUUUGAGAAUUCAUCACUAGGAAAGUAUAUAAGUUAAAUGGGGAAGGUGGACAUGCCAUAGAAGACAUUGGGCAGUAGUCAGAGGUGAUGGGUUAGACACAACCAUAGAGGAAUUUUACUGUAAAUACUUUUAGAUAAAUUCAGUUUAGACAAAUUGAAUUUGGCAGAGUAUCUUUGAGCAAAGAAGGAUUCAUGAGUUGGAUAUACUUCAACUGUGACGGCUCAGAGACCUGCAUCCAGCAACGUGAGAUUUAUAAGCAGUAAAGGGCAGUGACAUAGAGAAAGAACUUGAUUGGUCACAGCAGUCUUUGCCUUACUUAGGUAAGGUAUCAUGAAGACUUUGCGUGUGUGGAUGUAACAACUUGUUAUUGGCUGGCGCUCAGCUGCUCUGACUGACUACAGCCUGGGUACCAUACAUGGGCGUGUUCUUAAGUAGGCUGCAGUUCCACUCGCCUUCAAACUUAGGCUGCAGCUGUUGUCCAAUGGCAAAUCUAUAUAGGGAGUGGAGGGAGCCCUGAGUGAGGGUGUGCUGUGCACAUGGACCCAGCCAUGCCAAGGACCUUAGAGCUUCAGAUGCAUGGAGGAAUGGCCAAGUCUUCCCAUCCUCACGCACAAUAUGAAGUUCAACCUUCCGCCAGUCCAUGUGGGAUGCUGAUGGUAUACGCGCAAAAUGUCCACCAUAGCUUUUUCCUCCUGUAUGUUUACUGCCCGAAGCCUGCUCAUCCUACAGAAAAUGGCCCUCUCCUCCUCUCUCCCUCUGUAACUCCCUCUCUCCCCCCUCCCCUCCUCCCUACUCCCCUCCCUCUCACCCACACAGUAUGGCAUGAAAUGAAAUGUGUACAUGACAUGGAAUGUGUACUGUCAUAAAUAACUGCAGGAUGUAUUUGUGUUUUAAUGUUCAUGCAAAAGAGCUCUGUUACUAAAGAA